UUCGUCCACCUAUACUCCUACUCCCAGACCACAUUACUGUUAAACGAAUUCCGAAUUGUUUAUAUUUAAUAUUUUGAUUUUGAAUUUAAAUAAUGGUAAAAUAAUCUACUAGCAAAAGCAAAUCAUGGUUUUAACGAAGGAACCAAAAAGAAAUAAAACUAAAGAUGUGUCAUCAAAAAAAACAGAACUUGUUCCACAAACCCAAUGCCGAAUAUGCCUUUUUCAAUGUUCCGGCUUAUCGUUAGAUGCCCCAUUAACUGGGGAUGAAAGUUCCAAGACUUUAGUCUUUGAGGCCCUAGAAGUCGUCAUCAAGGAAAAGGUAACCAGAGGGCCAAAUUAUCCAGACAUAAUUUGUGAGAACUGUUUCGGGUAUUUAAAGAUUUCUUAUGUAUUGAUUACACAGUAUCAUUUGUCCAAAGUAAGGCUUUUGGAACAACUGGAGGGAUAUGGAGAAGAACUUACCACCAAUGGUAAUUCUAAGGAUGAAGUAAAGAAAUAUUUGCCAAACAAAACAGCAACUAAGAAUUUUGUCGAGAUAGUAGUAGGCACAAAAAAAUAUAGUAUUGAAGAUUUAGUUAUUGUUGAAGACAAAGAUGAGAGAGACGAGUCAGGGGUCUAUGAAGGUUUUCUACGAAACCUUGGUACUUCAGUUAGUGCCACUUUUGUUAAAAAAGGGCACUGCAAACCUAAAAUUGAUUUAGAGCCUUCAUCUCUUACUCUCGAUAUUAAAAAACUUGAAACAGAAAAUCACUGUGAUAAUGAAGAUGUCAGAGCUAGUCCUAAACCUGGAAUUGAUUUAGAUGCUUCUUCUCUUGAUAUUGAAGAACUUGAACUAGAAUAUUACUGUGAUAAUGAAUAUGUCGAGUUCAUUCCUAAACCUAAUAUUGAUUUAGAGGCUCCAUCUCUUGAUAUUGAAGAACUUGAACAAGAAUAUCACUGUGAUAAUGAAGAUGUCGAACUUACUCCCGAACCUAAUAUUGAUUUAGAGGCUUCAUCUCUUGAUAUUGAAGAACCUGAGCAAGAAAAUCUCUCUGAUAAUGAAGAUGUUGAACUCACUCCUAAACCUAAAAAUGAUUUAGAAGCUCCAUCUCUUGAUAUUGAAGAACUUGAACAAGUUGUUGAACUCACUUCUGUAGGUGAAGAUAUAGUUUUGCCAAGUAGGGUCAUAGAAUAUAAAUGUCCUUAUUGUUUGGAGAUAUUAUCCACCAGUAGUAGAUUAAUGCAACACUUUACUGAAUGUACCAAGAGAGUUUCAGCCUUAAGGAGAAGGGCAAAUCCAAAAAAACAAAAUCAAUGCCGGAUUUGUGGGGAAGUUUUUGCAGCCUUGGGUUCAUACUAUUAUCAUUGCAAAAAGCAUGAUGGUAAACAACAUGGCUGUAAGAUGUGUGACAAAAAGUUCUUUACAGCUUCUCAAGCUAGACGUCAUUUGCAAAUUCACAACAAAGAAAAAACUAUAGAAAUAUGCCAAAUUUGUGGCAAAGGAUUUCAUUACCGUAGUGGUUUAUUUUAUCAUAUGAAAAUGCAUAAUAACACACGAAACCUACUUUGCAGUUAUUGCCCCAAAACGUUUUAUACUCAAACUUCUUUAAAACGUCAUGAACUGACUCAUACUGGCGAUAGACCUUUUUCCUGCCAGUAUUGCUCAAAAAAGUUUCGUUCAAAAGAUGAAAGAAAAAAGCAUUAUUUAGGCCACACAGGAGACCGUCCUUAUUCUUGCAAAUAUUGCGAAAUUGGCGCUCGAACUUUGUUUAAUCUUAAACAACACAUGACCACUCAUCCUGGCGAAUUCUUCUGUACGCGCUGCGAUAAAACUUUUGCUGACAAUGAUAUUUUACAGUUUCAUUUGAGACACAAACACAAAGAAGAGGAAGAAGAUAAUGUAUCUGCAAUAAAUGGAGAAGGGACUAGUGAAAUUUCUGAUCAGUGGUUUGAUGACCCUGAUGAAAUUGUGGUAGUUGAAAUAAUGAAUAUUGAUUUAGAAUAAGAUCCAACCAAUUUGUUUUGUUUUUUGUAAUUAAAUUACAUCAAAUCUGCAAACAAUGGGUUAGCAGUAUAAUUACAUUGAUUAUUUUAAACAGGCCUUCUUUUAAUUAGGAUAUGAGCUAAUAAAACGAGCAGGUACUUGUGAGAUGUUUAAUGUCUGGAUGCCAAAAGACAUAAAAUUGCAAAUUGGCCAUCUUAUUUUGCACCUUACAUUUAUCAUACAUUAUUUAAUCACAUCGAUGAUUUCUGUAGAAAUUUUUACAUAUUCUAAAAUGGUUUUAAGUUCAAAUUUAAAACAUAAUGAACCCCAUUGAAGGAGAAACAAAUAAUCUUGGAAUUAUUUUCCACGUCAAUGAAGAUCAUUAUAAAAAAACACAUUGGCAGUGGAAUAUUUCUCCUACUAAUUAUUAACGCCUAUUUGAAAAAAUAAUUAAUAUGAACCCAUAAUUAUGUUAAUAUUGUAAUUAUUAUUAUCUUAAAAUAAUAGAGUUUAUUUUGAUAAUAAAACUUUUAAAAAGUACAAAUCUUUUGUAAUAAUUUACUCUACCAAAAAUGUUAAAAUUGAAAAAUGCCAUUUUAGAAUAUUUCUCCAAAUCUAAAUAAAAUAACAAAAAAUGGUUGUUUGUUAAACUAUCAAUAGAUUUAAUUUAUCUUCAUUCGUGGAUGGCAUUACCUUCGUACUUUUAAAAGUUCAAUUGGUUACCUAAAUGUCAGUAAUUCCGAGUUUUCCUUAUAAAAAGUGAAAAAAAAAAAGAACAAAGAAAUCUAUAGAGUGGAGCGAAAGUCUUAAAAAACUUUUACACCCACUUGUCUAAUAUUGGUGCGAAUAGAAAAACGCGGAAUUACUUUUGCUUCUACUACUUUCAGUACCUACAUAGGAAAACGUAUUUUUUAAUUUGAUUUGGCUUGAUACAAUCUUUGUAUAUUUUCCAUGAGUUAUAUCACGUCUAUUUGCUGAGUCCUCAUUUAAAAUGCUAGUUCUGCUUUUUAGCUUAUUAUAAAUAUAUAUAUUGCAACGUGUCAAGAAUCCUGUACAGAAUUGCAAAGAUUCGAGAUUUCACGUUGAUGUUCGGGAACAAGGUGGAUCGCGGUCCUUCUGGAAUUUACAGGAAUAAAUUACGGCUAUACAGUGUGAUUUUUUAAGUGUGCAACAUAUGGGGAUUUUUUUUAGUAAUAGCACAACUGAAAUACAAGCAAGGCCAAAAGUUGGUGCAUGUCUGAUAAUCAUAUAAGGUGCACUUAGAAUGGUUGCAAGUCAAACAGCAUACAGGGUAGCUCAAAGAAUAUCAAAGCUGUACUGUAAAGUACCCUUAUUUUAGAAAAUUCAGGAAAAUGUUAUAGAGAAAAGUUGUUUGGAAUUAAAAGUUAUGCCUAAAUACCAAAACAUAGCCUCCUAAGAUUUUUUUUUAUUUUCUUUCGAAAAAAAUCAAUAAUUUCUAUAUUUUUUUUAUUUUUUAUUUCCGCCCUUAAUACUUUCAAAAAUUAAUUAAAAUCAAAUCAAUUUUACAUAACUUUGUUCAAAUUCAAGCAUAUUUGUAAAAUUAACUUAGAUUUUUAAUUUUUUAUGGAAUCACAAAAUUCAUGUUUGUUGCAAUGAUAUUUAACACAACUUUAAAAUGUCGCAAUUUUUUUUUUUUUAACAAGUUAAAACAUUAGAAAUGAUAAUAGCCAUAUUAAAAAAACUUCCCUUAAAGUGCAAAAGUUUUAUUUUAUUUAAAUAAAUAUUAGUAGAAUUUUGAUAUUUUUUGAGCCACCCUAUAUGCUGUUUGACUUGCAACCAUUCUAAAGGCCCUCGUAAAGGCCGUAUCAGACGUGCCGUUGCCGAUUCCAUUAGCCGUUGCCGUUGCCGUCACGGUUGCAAUCACACUUGACACCGUUCCGUUACCGAUUACUGGUCACUUGAAAUGUUUAUAACGUCAAAAUGUCGGUGGUGGCUAAAAUAUUCAAAGUACAGCGCCGAACGUCGUCGGAAAGUUUCUUCUGCGUUGCUGUGCUAUAUGAUUAUACUGGAAGAAGAGGAAAGAGAAAGAUCCAAACAAAAUCGGUUUGGGUGCAGUAUCAGAAGCGAUAAAUUACAAAACUAAAAAAGUGACGUUUAGACACAUGACACAAGCUGUUCAUAAAGCGCUUUCAUUGGCUACGGUUCAGAACGGCCUCGUAAAAUUUAGACUCCAACCUAAACAUACAACGGCAAUCGCAACCAGAAGCAGGUACAUUUUGAUUGGUUGAAUUCCCAAUCGUAAUCGGCAACGGCACGCAGUGGCGGUCCAUAGAUGAUUUUCUGGGGGGGGGGGUAAUGGAUGACGGGAAAAUCAUUAAGUGUCAAAUGGCUUCCUGCCGGAGGCGAAAUUUUUUUAAGGGUGCCACGUCCAAAUUUGCACCUGAAAAUCGUCUGAAACACACCUCAAGCAAAAAUGUAUCCCGA